AUGGUACGCGUCGACGUCGAACGUGUGAUCAAGUGCAAAGAGGGUGAUGGUAUGCAAAUGCGACUCGGAAUUUUCGACCAGAUCCAGUCAAUCAACUCGGCUCUUGCUAUGAACGAUUCUACCCAAGAACCGCGGAUAGUCGACGAUGCCCUCAAAUCCAUUAUUGCGGGCAAGGGAGUCUCUGCGUUAUGUGAGCUUGUUUUCGGGAAUGCAAGUUCUAGAACACCUACGUUUGGUCGAGAUAGGCUGCUUUCGAUGGUCUGCAUCAGCAUGAAGAGAUUGAAAUACCACCAGAGAUCAUGUACCAGCCCAGCCAACGCCGAAGUCGACCUUGCUACAUACCCUGCGCUUGGGUGUUAG